CUCUUUAUAUCCUAACUUCGAAAAACCCCAUUCAACAAGGGAGUGUAAUUUUCAUCCCACAUACAUCACUCUUCUCCCACCCACCCAACCACUUUCCUUUCUAUCCCACCAUUUUCUCUUUCUUUUGCUUUCUAAAACAUGGCCAAAACACUACUUAACAAACCUCUCAUUACCUUCUUCUUCUUUUUCUUCUUCAGCUUCUUUAUUCAAACCAAGCAAGAUAACCCAUGUCCGUAUCCAUGUUUCCCACCACCAACAGGCACCGGCGGCGGAGGCGGCGGCGGCACAGUGACACAAACACCUCCAGCUAGUUACUCACCACCCUCCCAAACAGGAGCAUACCCUCCACCUACAGGGAACUUACCAUAUUACUAUCCACCACCACCUUAUGGUGGAGGUAAUUCUUUAUAUGGUCAGCCCCCUCCUGACCCUAUCUUGCCUUAUUUCCCAUACUACUAUAGAAAACCUCCACACCAAACAGAUGAUCAGUCAGCAGCAGCAACAGUUGGUCCUGGAAGGUCAUUACUCAUCACCACUGCUACCACAAAUCUUGUUGUAUUUAUUAUUCUAGGUAUUUCUAGUUUAGGGAAUUUCUAGCUAGUGAAAGGAGAAAAAAGGAAGAUCUUGUGUAAAAGUAAUUAUGAUUAAGCCAUGUUUAAUGAGAGUAAUCAGAAGAAGAAAGGUGAGUUUUGGAUGUGUUUUUAGUUGCAGAAAGAAAUGGUGAAGUAAAAGACAAAGGAAUCAAAUGGGUGGUGGAGGUGGUUCACGCACUUUGUUUAAAUCUUUUGUUUGGUAAUGGAUGAGAUGAUUGUGGAGUA